UUUUACUUUGUGGGGAUGUUUCGUGUCACCAACAUUGAAUUUCUUCCUGAAUACCUGCAGAAGGAGUCCAGGGAAUUUCUGUCAGUGGCACAGACUGUGCAGCAAGUGUUAAACCUGGUUUAUACAACAUCUGCCUUUUCCAAAUUCUACAAGCAGUCUGUCGUUGCAGAGGUCAGCAGUAACAACAAAGGUGGGCUCCUUGUGCACUUUUGGCUUGUGUUUGUCAUGCCAAAUGCCAAGGGCCAUGUCUUCUGUGAGGACUGCGUGGCUGCCAUCCUGAAGGACUCCAUCCAGACGAGCAUCAUAAACCGGACCUCAGUGGGGAGCCUGCAGGGUCUGGCUGUGGACAUGGACUCUGUGGUACUAAAUGCUGGGCUUCGGUCAGAUUACUCUUCAACCAUAGGAUCUGACAGAGGCUGCUCUCAGUACCUCUACGCAGAUCGUCUGUCUCUCCGCUACCCUCUGGAGAUUUCUGCAACCUCAGGGAGGCUGAUGUGCCACUUCAAGCUGAUGGCUACAGUGGGCCAUCUGCUUCGUCUCUCCAUAGAGUCCGUCCAGAUUGAGGCCGACAACUGCGUCAGCGACUCCCUGACCAUUUACGACUCCCUCUUGCCCGCCCGGAGCACAGUCUUGUACAGAAUUUGUGAACCCACAAGAACAUUAAUGUCAUUUGUUUCCACAAAUAAUCUGAUGUUGGUGACAUUAAAGUCUCCUCAGAUACGGAGGCUGUCAGGAAUCCGGGCAUAUUUCGAGGUCAUUCCAGAACAAAAAUGUGAAAACACAGUGUUGGUCAAAGAAAUCACUGGCUUUGAAGGGAAAAUUUCGAGUCCGUAUUACCCCAGCUACUAUCCUCCGAAAUGCAAGUGUACCUGGAAAUUUCAGACUCCCCUAUCAACUCUCGGCGUAGCACUGAAAUUCCAUAACUAUACAAUAGCCAAGAAGAGUGUGAAAGGCUGUGACCACGGAUGGUGGGAAAUUAAUGAGCACAUCAGCCCCCUCGUUCACGUGCAGCUUCAGUGCAGUUCAAGGCUCUCGGACAAGCCCCUCUUGGUGGAAUACGGCAGUUACAACAUCAGUCAGCCCUGUCCUGUUGGAUCUUUUAGAUGCUCCUCCGGUUUGUGUGUCCCUCAAGCCCAGCACUGUGAUGGCGUAAAUGACUGCUUUGACGAGAGCGAUGAACUUUUCUGUGUGACCCUUAAACCUGCCUGCAACGCCAGCUCCUUCAGGCAGCACAGCCCUCUGGUCUGCGACGGCUUCAGGGACUGUGAGGAUGGCCAGGAUGAGCAGAACUGCACUCAGAGUAUUCUAUGCAGCAACAGAACUUUUAGGUGUGGCAAUGAUAUUUGCUUUAGGAAACAAAAUGCAAAAUGUGAUGGGACUGUGGACUGCCCAGAUGGAAGCGACGAGGAAGGCUGCAGUGAGUAGAAACACGUUCCCCCUGAUUCCUUGUACUUUCCUCCACAGUUGAUUUGUUUUGCAUUUGCAUUCCCUUCUUGGUAUAAUCCCCUUGGCAGAAGUUGCCACAGGCCAGGGAGGAAUAGUAAAUAUUAAUUAACUGAAUCUGAAAUGGUUUCUCAGAAUUAAAAAUCCUAGAGUGGAUUCUAUCUUCUUUUUUGACAAGCAUUAAUGCACUGGAUGUUUAUAAUGAAAACUUUUCACUGUCUAAUAACUCUAAUCAGAUAAGUUCUUUAAAAAAAAACCUAUGAAAAAAGAAAUAAGUACUGGAAUGCCGUUAAUGAUUAUGUUAAUUAUGCUGUAUGUUAAGAUCUGUAGGUUGUCUUUUCAUUUUGUUGAUGGUAUCCUUAGCUGUGCAAAAGCUUUUAAGUUUAAUAAGGUCUCAUUUGUUUAUUUUUGCUUUUAUUUCCAUUACUCUAGGAGCU